UCAGUUUCUGCGCUCCGGUUGAAACGCCUAGUCGUGUUUCCCAGGCACGAGCCUCGCUACAGAAGUUACCCCUCUUUCCACCGAAGAAGAUCACGCACCGUUGGCGGAUGAAACGGACCUUUUCAGAGACGGUAUCCGAUCUGCUCUGCCGUGUGUGGACUUAAUGAGAUCUUAAUUAAGAUCCACCAGCCUACCAGCGGGGCGCACCGAGCCACCAGGAGCCACCAAGAGCCACCAGGAGCCACCAGGAGCCAGCAGGAGCCACCAGGAGCCAGCAGGAGCCACCAGGAGCCAGCGUGCAGCACUGUGGACGGGAUUGUUUUGUUGUGGUCCGACUAGCGGAAUGACGGACAGAUGAGGAGCUAUGGUUCACUUUGAAGCUUCUUAUGACACUCUUUCGUCGUGAACUUUUGUGUUUCUAUCGGAGCCCUUGACAGCGGUAUAACCAGCCGAAUCGAACCGCAACACUUUCUACCAUAAAGGAUUAAUAAUGCCGGACCAGAUAACAGUUUCGGAGUUCGUGACGGAGACAAAUGAAGAUUAUAAGGCGCCGACCGCCUCCAACUUCACCACCCGAAUGUCCCACUGUAGGAACACGGUGGCUGCUCUUGAGGAGGCUUUGGAUGUCGACCGCAGUGUUUUGUACAAGAUGAAGAAGUCUGUGAAGGCCAUCUACGUAUCUGGGCUGGCCCAUGUGGAGAACGAGGAGCAGUACACUCUGGCCCUGGAGAAGUUCGGGGAGAACUGCGUGUACAGAGACGACCCUGACCUGGGGUCAGCCUUCCUCAAGUUCUCCGUGUUCACCAAGGAGCUCACGGCCCUCUUCAAGAACCUGUUCCAGAACAUGAACAAUAUCAUCACCUUCCCACUGGACAGCUUGCUGAAGGGGGACCUGAAGGGAGUCAAAGGGGACUUGAAGAAGCCGUUUGACAAAGCGUGGAAGGACUACGAAACCAAAGUCACCAAGAUCGAGAAGGAGAAGAAGGAGCACGCCCGGCAGCACGGCAUGAUCCGCACAGAAAUCAGCGGCGCCGAGAUCGCAGAGGAGAUGGAGAAGGAGCGGAGGUUCUUCCAGCUGCAGAUGUGUGAGUAUCUGCUCAAAGUGAACGAGAUCAAGAUCAAGAAGGGAGUGGACCUGCUGCAGAACCUCAUCAAGUACUUCCACGCCCAGUGCAAUUUCUUCCAGGACGGUCUGAAGGCUGUGGACAACCUGAAGCCUUCCAUUGAGAAACUGGCAACCGACCUGCACACGAUAAAGCAGGUGCAGGACGAGGAGAGGAAGCAGCUCACUCAGCUACGAGAAGUCCUGAAGACGGCUCUGCAGGUUGAGCAGAAGGAGGACUCCCAGGUGCGUCAGAGCGCCACCUACAGCCUCCACCAGCCGCAGGGCAACAAGGAGCACGGCACUGACCGCAGCGGACACCUGUACAAGAAGAGUGACGGCUUGCGGAAGGUGUGGCAGAAGAGAAAGUGCUCAGUUAAAAAUGGAUACCUCACUAUUUCCCACGGCACGGCGAAUCGCCCUCCAGCGAAGCUGAACCUGCUCACCUGCCAGGUGAAGCACAAUCCAGACGAGAAGAAGAGCUUCGACCUCAUAUCCCACGACCGGACGUACCACUUCCAGGCGGAGGACGACCCAGACUGCCAGAUAUGGAUCUCGGUGCUGCAGAACAGCAAGGAGGAGGCUCUGAACCAGGCCUUCAAGGGCGACCCGCGGGCCGGGGAGAACAACAUCGUGCAGGAGCUCACCAAGGCCAUCCUGGCCGAGGUGAAGAGGAUGACGGGCAACGACGUGUGCUGCGACUGCGGAGCGCCCAACCCCACCUGGCUGGCCACCAACCUGGGCAUCCUGAUGUGCAUCGAGUGCUCUGGGAUCCACCGGGAGCUGGGGGUCCACUACUCCAGGAUCCAGUCGCUCACGCUGGACGUGCUCAGCACCUCCGAGCUCCUGCUGGCCAAGAAUGUGGGGAAUGCAGGAUUUAAUGAAAUCAUGGAGGCUUCUCUGGCGGCUGAAAAUGUGGUCAAACCGAACCCUACCAGUGACAUGCAGGCGAGGAAGGACUUCAUCACGGCUAAAUACACGGACAAGCGCUUCGCCCGCCGGCAGACGGCGGGCCCCUCCGGCCCCGGGGGCCCUGCGGCCCGCCUGCACACGCUGAGCGAGGCGGUGAAGGCGCGGGACAUCUUCUCCCUCAUCCAGGUGUACGCAGAGGGGCUGGACCUCAUGGAGCCCAUCCCGCUGGGCAACGAGCACGAGCACGGGGAGACCGCCCUCCACCUGGCCGUCAGACUCGUGGACCGGACCUCGCUGCACAUCGUGGACUUCCUCACUCAGAACAGCCUGAACCUGGAUAAGCAGACAGCCAAGGGCAGCUCGGCGCUCCAUUACUGCUGUCUGACGGACAACAGCGAGUGUCUGAAGCUGCUGCUGCGGGGGAAGGCCUCCAUCGAGAUCGCCAACGAGUCGGGGGAGACGCCGCUGGACAUCGCCCGGAGGCUGAAGCACCUGCAGUGUGAGGAGCUGCUGAACCAGGCGCUGGCGGGGAAGUUCAACGCCCACGUCCACGUGGAGUACGAGUGGUGCCUGCAGCACGAAGAUCUGGACGAGAGCGACGAGGAUCUGGACGAGAAGCCCAGCCCCCACCGGCGGGACGAGCGACCCGUCAGCUGCUACGCCCCAGGGGCCAACUCCCACCUCCACGGGUCCCCGGGGCCGGGGGCCCGGGACGGGGCCGGCAAGGAGAAGCAGCGGGGCUACGUGACCAACCUGGUGAACAACGAGACCUACGGGACCAUCCUCAACAACAACCCCCCCCUGGCCGGGGGCCCGGGGGGCCCCACCACCGCCUCGGCGCCGCCCCUGCCCCCCAGGAACCUGGUCCAGUUAUCCGGUCUGGCCGGCGGCACGCUGCAGACCUCCCUGUCCUCCAGCUGGAAGCCCGGCUCCCUGGACCUGACGGGGCGGCAGAGGUCCUCCUCCGACCCCCCCAACAUGCACCCCCCCAUGCCCCCCAUGCGGCUCACCUCCAGCGGAGCGCUGGGGAUGCCUCCUGCAGCCAAGCUGCUGAACGUGAUGGAGGGCAAGGUCCCGCCGGGGCCCCGUGGGGGCCCGCCCAAGUCUCCUUCAGGGAACGACAAGAGCUUCACCCGAAUGCCUCUGAACCGCAAGGGAUCCAUAGAACGACAAGCUAAAGAAGUCCCUGGAUGCCCAAGGAAUUCCAUUGGUCAAUCCAUGCCUCCGGCCCCCACUCCAAGGAAGGGACCUCUGAAGCACAAGCCCAAGCGCGUGAAGGCCAUCUACCACUGCAUCGCCGACAACCCCGAUGAGCUGACCUUCACCGAGGGGGAGGUGAUCGUGGUGGACGGGGAGGAGGACCAGGAGUGGUGGGUCAGUACCGCACAGGGGAGGCCCUGUGUGUGUGUGUGUGUGUGUGUGUGUGUGUGUGUGUGUGUGUGUGUGUGUGUGUGUGUGUGUGUGUGUGUUGGCUCUGUGACUUGGUGGGAACCUGAUGUGAGAAUUCCAGUGUUGUGUGUACACAAGCUUGCGUGUGUUAGAGAGACUGUGCGAUUCGUUCACAUGCAGGUGUUUUUCGUGGCACGGUAUCUUCCAAGCGGGCUCCGUUCCAACUCCAGCUCUGUUCACACAAAAGUUUUCCUAUGCAGCACUGGAUGUCCGUUGGCCUGGUAACCAUGGUGGCUCGAAAACACGAUAACGAAAUGACCUCAUUCUUUAACAUCAGCCCCUCUCUCCCCCCCUCCAUUCCGUCCUCCUCUGGCCCCCCUUGUCCGAGUUCAAACCAGCUGCGACUUGUUUUCCACUGGGCUGAAUUUAGCCACCAUCUCUGGCCCAUGUUUGGCGCCUCUGUUCAGGCAGCUAAGUCCCCACGUCCCCCCCCUCAUCUAUGGCCUACAUGGAGGAGGAGGAGGAGGAGGAGGGUGGGGGUGGGGGGGGGGGGGGGGGGGUGUGUGUGUGUGUGUGUGUGUGUGUGUGUGUUGCUAAUGAAUCUGAUCUCGUUCCAUCUCGGCCAGACUUAAUUAGGUCUGAUCUGUUCAGCUUGAGAUGCAUUACGUUUUAUUUACAUUUCAGUGACUUACAAUUCACGGUCAAAAUGAGAGGGCAAUUCAGCUCGUUGCUAAAGUUGUUUUGGUCGUUAUGUUCUAAUGCUGCCAUGCUGAGUCUCCUUGGGAAGGGAAUGUGGAAUUAUGUAUUAGACAUGACCUUACACUUGAACCCUGAAUGAUUCCUGAGAUAACUCAUGUCAUAGGUUUUUGUUUUCAGGUGUAGCAGACAUUUUAAAGUACUUUAAGUACCGAUCACACAAGGUAAUAUUUGAAAUGUAACUCUUUUUCGAGGGGUUUAGCGUGGCCUAGCCUCCGUACUAGCCCUGUAGCUAUUAGCAUCCAUAGCAGGUAGCUUAGUUAUUAGCGUAUGGAUCCAUGGCAGGUAGCUUAGUUAUUAGCAUGUGGUAGGUAUUCAUAGCGGGUAUCUUGGUGGUUAGCAUGUGGUAGGUGACCAUAGCAGGUAUCUUAGUCAUUAGCGUGUGGUAGGUAUUCAGAGCAGGUAGCUUAGUUAUUAGCGUGUGGUAGGUAUUCAGGGCAGGUAGCUUAGUGAUUAGCAUGUGGAUCCAUAGCAGGUAGCGCCUUUUUGUGUUGUGUUUGUGCUUUAGAAGCUGUGCAGUUUGUUCUCAAACUGGUCCUAGUUUGAGUUUUGUGUAAAUGUGGAGGCCCCUAACCUCAGCGGUGUGAUGUAGUGAUGGUGUUGUGCGCCCUAUUCACCACCAGGUGUCGCCAUUCGCCCUGAAACCCCUUCCCGUCUGUUCUCUUGUUCAACAGUUGGGUCACAUAGAAGGGGAUCCGAUGAGGAGAGGAGCCUUCCCAGUCACCUUCGUCCACUUCAUCGCCGACUGAGAGGUCAACCCGGGGGGGGGGGGGCACGGGAACCGAUCCGGGGCCUAGAACGCCGCCGGACUUCCUGUCUCUAAACGCUAACGAAAGAAAGCGAGACGAAACCGACAUCGACUUUUUCUCUGUGGAGUAGCUGUCGUCUGAACGACCAAUGAGACGCCGCCGUUUCCCCAGCGCGACGGACCGGCAUUCGCCUUGGGGGUUCGUCAGGUGCCCAGUAGCUCAGUGGCACCGUAUGUGCUUUUAAAGUUGUUAAUAUCAGUUAAAGACUAUGAAGAAAAAAAAAUAAGAAAUAUGAUUGUAGUGAAUGACCUCUUGCAAUAAAUCGCACUUUUCCAAGUCUUGGGCUUGGUCACAGGUCACAGUUCAACUCAACUGACUGAAUGAAGGUCCUACUGGCAACGUACUGUAACUAACACAUAGAACCGUCGAAUGUGAACACCCUCAACUCUCUAACAUUCCACCUCUUCUCCAGUUGAGCGUUUCGUAGCGUUUUAGAGAUGCUGCUUCUAGCUGCUUUGACCUUUUUUUCCAGCAGCUCUCCCAAGUGGAGACACUUUCUAACGGUGCUAACCCAGAAACACGCAGGACCUGCCAGCCUCCCAUCCCUUCCUCCCCCCCCCCCCAUGUCCCAUAUUUCUCCCCCAGACAGACGUGCUAAAUUUAGAAAAAGGAGGAGGCAAGUUCCUCACCUGGGCGAGUUCAUCUCCUCGUGUCUGACUGUAAGAAAGUUAAAAACAGGCCUAUCUGUAACGGUCGAUUUCUAUAUCCGCCAUUCUUCCACAUCCUUCAUGUGCUGCACCACAGGCCCGUGCUAGGCUGCUCCUGUGGCCGUGUGUCGCUGUGUGUAGCGUCUGACACCCGGGCUGCAGGCCGCGCCUUCUAACCCGCCACCCCCGCUCUGCUCCUGUGGUCGGCUGUCUUCCUGUCGCCUCGCACGCGACACUCUGCCUCAUGAGGGGCAAGCUGAUGUGUUCUGGCUCUCUAUUGGAGGCUCUCACCCAGAGCCCUCCAAUCCACCGGUUCUCACCCAGAGCCUUCUAAUCCUCCGGCCCUUGGACACAGAGCCUUCUUACCCACCGGUCCUCAGACCUGGCAGAGCAGGGGACAUGUUCAGUCUAGCGCUAGAUCAAGAAUAUUCUGACAAAGCAUUCUAUGUAAUUAACUUUAUUUUGGUUGCAGAGCAACUGUCCUCUAUCUCUUUCUGUGUUUAUAAAAAAUCUAUAUAAAUAUAUAAAUAUGUUGAUAUUUACACAUUUAACCUAACAAGAGCCUGCAGUGGAUUUUGUGAAUGACAAAAGGUGACGCUGCGUUGUGAUUGGUGGAUCCGACGAGCGCUCCUCACUGGAACUAAGAGGGUUGAUUGUCGAGGUUGUAAAUAGAAGUUGUUUCUGUGUGAUAUUUAAUUGUAAAAAAAAAUGUUAACCUUGCCUUGAUGAUUAAAUGUUGUUUGAAUGCACUGUUGUGAUGGAACAGCACACACACACACACACACACACACACACACACACAGGUUCAUUCAUUCUUGAAGACUAAAGAUUACUACAUUGACUCUUAACUUAAAUGUGCAAGUAAACAGUAAAAUGAAACUGGAAUAAUAAAAACAUGAAAGA